AUGAACACGUCGCGAUUCUAUGGUCCGAAUGAAAAUCUGCCAGUUGUAUUGGCUUUUGUGAUGGGCAUACAGCAUUUCUUGGCCGUUAUCGGUGGUGUCAUUGCUCCUACAAUGAUCAUUUCUGGUGCUGGUAGCUCCACGUUGAAUCUUCCCCAAGAUUUGCGUCAAUACAUGAUUUCGGCUUCUUUUAUUGUGUGUGGUGUCAACAGUAUUAUUCAGAUUAUUCGGUUCAAGAUCUACAAAACACGUUACUAUAUCGGAUGUGGGAUUUUGGGUAUUACAGGUGUAGCAUUUGCCAACCUUCCUGCAGCCGAGGCGUUGAUAUCGAGCAUGUACUCAAAUGGAAUGUGUCCGACUGAGACUUUGCCCGACGGAACGAUCAACUACUUGCCAUGUCCUGAUGCAUUUGGCGCUAUUCUUGGUACACAGAUGGUCUGUGGUGUGGUUGGCGUCCUUUUCAGCUUCUUACCACCCCGUGUUAUCCGCAAAAUGUUCCCCAAAAUCGUCACAGGCACAGUCCUCUUCACCAUUGGUGUUUCGUUGAUCUACUCGGGAAUGAAGAACUGGGCAGGUGGCUCGGGCCCUUGCAUGAAUCGUCCCGAAAGUGGAGACUUUGCCUUGUGUCCUACGAUCCACGCUCCCAAUCCUCAGAUCUGGGGCGGUGCUGUGAACUUUGGUCUCGGAGCUUCAGUGUUCUUUACCAUCAUUUUGGUUGAGCUAUUUGGCUCUGUCUUUAUGCGUAAUAUCGGUGUGGCCAUCGGUUUAUUGGUUGGCUGCAUCAUUGCUGCAGGAAUCGGCAUGUUUGACGGUUCUAGCAUUGCAGCUGCACCUGCUGGCACCUUUUUGUGGGUCAGGACAUUCAAUAUUUCAGUCUAUGGUCCAGGCAUCUUACCGUUUCUUUUCACUCAGUUGGAUAUGAUUAUUGAAACCCUUGGUGACUUGACAGCCGCUAGCGAUGUCUCGGGACUCCCUAUAGAAGGCAAAGAAUUUGAAGAGCGCUGUCAAGGUGCUCUGUUGGCAGAUGGUCUAGGCAGUAUCUUUAGUGCCUUGGCCACAAGCAUGGGCGUUGUCAUGUUUACUCAAAACAAUGGCAUCAUUGCUGUAACUCGAUGUGCAAGUCGUAUAGCAGGUCUAGUAUGUGCUGCUUUUCUGAUCAUUUUCGGUAUCUUUGGCAAGAUUUCUGCAGCGUUCUUGGCAAUCCCUGCACCAUUGAUUGGGGGCAUGACAGUAUUUUUGUUUGCCUCUGUGGCUGCUUCGGGUAUUCGUAUAUUAUCUUAUCUCGAAUGGACACGUCGUGAUCGUGUCAUUGUUGCUGCUUCUCUUGCUCUUGCUUUAGGUGUGGCCCUUGUUCCUAGCUGGUUUUCGAACGUUUUACCUCGCGCAAGUGACGAUAAUCCCGGUCUUCAAGGCCUUUAUGACACCGUCAAUGCCAUUGUCAGCACCAGUUAUAUCUUGGCAGGAUUGAUGUCGGUUAUUCUGAACUUGAUCCUACCUUAUGAGCAGGGUGAAGGAGAACAAGGCAAGACGUUGGUCAUGACCGGCGAGAAGCGAUCCUCGCUGCCCGUAGCUGAACGUGUCACCUCAACUCAUGGUGAUGAAAAGCGAUCCAUUUAA